CUUGAUCCAGCGUUAAAGGAGCGCUCUGGAGACACCAGUGAUCCUGCAGCAGACCAGAACAGCCCCCCCGCUAAUUCUGAAUUGGCGUGUACCAACUGUGGUACUGUCACGACGCCUCAGUGGAGACGCGGUGACGACGGCAAGUCGAUCUGUAACGCUUGUGGCCUCUACUAUAGGACGAAGCACGUUCCUCGUCCCCUCUCCCUUGGCCGUACAUCAACGCUGCAGUCGGCUACCCAUCCCAACGCGAAGCAAGCCGUUCCAACAAGCCCAUUCCAGUCCCAAGCUCAAGCUCAGGCCCAGAACCAAGGUCACAGGACGUCUUCCCCUCCCAUAAUGCCUACUCCCGCUGCUUCCCCCGCUCUCCAUCAGACGAAGAGUCAACCGACGGAAGCGUCUCGCGCGGCAGCCCAGAAGCAUCAAGGCGGCACUUGUCCGGGCGAUGGCCGCUGUGACGGCACUGGAGGCACGUCCGCUUGUAAUGGAUGCCCUACUUAUAACAACGCCAUCCAAGCAGGCGUGAUCGAGCCCACUAACGGGCAGGCUCCAAUGCAGAAGGUGGAGGCGGCUGCUCCCGGCGCCGAGCAGGUCACGGAGACGUCAGGUGCAGAAUCCUCCCCCGUUAUCAGUUCCCAGACACCUGGCGGCAGUGGUCGUUCGAGGAUACGCAGCCAAGUCGGUGCCCUCAGUUGCGCGAACUGCGGUACCAGCACGACUCCGUUGUGGAGGCGAGAUGAUGUCGGAAACAACAUCUGCAAUGCUUGUGGCCUCUAUUUCAAGCUACACGGCACGCAUCGCCCGAAUUCGAUGAAGAAGACGGUCAUCAAGCGGAGGAAACGCGUCCCUGCCGCAUCCGGGGCGCCCAGCUCUCCCACACCGCAGGAUCGCAUGACCGACCAAGCUGCAGCUGAAGUUCUCGCCAGCGUCGGUCGCGCUUUGCCUUCCGGGUCGGUCGGUGCGCAGACGGAGAGCGAGGAGGAGCAGCCGAAGAAGCGGGCACGUCGCCCACGUACCUCGAAGGCGCGCGAUAAGGAUGCCGAGGGUAUCGAGGAUGACGAGGAUGACGAAGGCAAGCCACGCAAGGCCCGUCGGACGACUGGCAGGAGCGGACCUCGCGACUCACGGGAAGGCAGCAGUGUCGCGCAAGCCGGUCAGUGGGGCGAGACGAUGAUGCAGGGCAUGGGCGAGUCGUCGGGCAGCCAGCACAUGCAUCAGCAAGACCUCGAUCGUUACGGUCCUGGUGCUCCCCGUGGCAACCCCUUCCCCCACCACGCCACCCAGGCGCUCCCGGGACUCAUCGCUACGCUCGGCCCUGAAGUGCUUACGAGCCUUAUGAACACGCAGUAUGUCGGUGUCCCGCCUCCGCCCCCAAGCUAUGUUCGUUCUGGUUCAGCCCAGGGCAACGUCGGAGGCCCGGGUGUCCCCAGCAGAACACACUCCCCUGUAGCUCAGCACACAAUGAAUCCUCCGCCACCUGGUGCCCCCUACGGCCUUCCUCCGCCGCUUCACGUCCCCGCGCACGCGCCGCCACAGUUUGGGCACGUUGGGCCGUCGUUCUACCACACCGGCGCACAUAUGGUCCCUCCCCAGGUCAUCGAGGGCGUGCCCAGUCUUGCCGACCUCGACCAGCACUACCGCGCUCUCGGGGAGGAGCGGAAGCGGCUCGAAGAGUUGCUGGAACGGACGGACAGGAUGAUGGCGGGUGUGAAGCGGGGCAUCGACGAGAUGCGCGCUGCUGGUGCGCCUCCGCCGGAGGGCUCCCAGCCGCCCGCGACUCCCGGCUCGCAGCAACAGCAGCAACAGGCCCAGCAGCAAGGCGAGGGGUCGUCAGCACCGGCGCCUGCCGUGCCUUUGUCGAGGCAGGAGAAGGGAAACAAGGAGGGCUCGACUGUUUGGCACGUCGCUCCGCCCGCUUCACAAUCCGCAGCUCCACGCGAGUGAGCCGCGAGCCAGCUAUGAGCGACGCUCUGGGCCUAUGAGCGACGCUCUGGGCCGAUGAGCGGGCGGACGAGCGGGUGAUAUGUGGGUGUGUUUGAUGGUUAUAUGUGGUACGCGCAAGUAUGUUUGGACGCGGACUGGUCGACUUGGCUAGCGGCAAGUUUGCGUGUCGCAAAAUGUGCAUAUCGCCCCCUCUCUGCUCUUUCUGUCUCCCCUUUCGUUCGUCUCUGCUGCUGCUACUCUCUGUUAUGUCGUGUCUUUCGCACUAGCUCACCUCAUGCGUCACUGGUUGGGCGGACUGUUUGCGGUAUAUCGUAUAGGCCUCACCUUGCGCCCGGAUUUCGUAUUAUGCGUUAUGCGUGUAUGUGUAUGGCCGCGACGGCCAGUAGUGUAGAGCACUUUAUUAUAUCUGUUUAUGUGGCUCUGUAUGUGGAGCACCU